AUGGGAAAGAAGAGGAAAUCAAGUUCUGCUGGUGCGGCACAAGCAUUAGAGUCUUCUGUGGCACCUAUACUAGAGAUCAAUUACACUGAACCUUUAUUCACAGUAGCAGCACAUCCAUCCAAACCUAUACUCAUCUCAGGUUUAGCUACAGGGCAUCUCUAUUGUAAUUCAUAUGAUGGUGAAAAAUUACAAGAGAUUGAGCAAACUAAUAGGGCGAAACAGGUAAAGUUACAGAAACAAGCUUAUUCCAGCGGGAAAGCUUCUCAUGUAGUUAAUAAAUCAGUAUCACAACUGAAGACUAAAUGGUGGACGACAAUUGAAAAUAAUACAGAUAUUGCCAAUGAUGGCAUAGAGGUAAAGACAAACUGGAAAACGAAAAGACAUAAAGGGUCAUGUCGACAUGCGAUUUUUGAUCCAAGAGUGGAUAAACUUGGUGAAUUUGUAUAUACCUGUGGUACCGAUAAUAUCAUCAAGAAAGCUGCAACAGAAACGGGAAAAGUAUUAAGCAAAGUUGAAGUUGUUGCAGAUUAUUACAGUGAGAAGGACAGACUAACCAAAUUGUGCCAUUCUGCAACCCAUCCUUUCCUAUUGUCAGGGACUGAAGAUGGUCAUAUAUUGGUUUACGAUUCUACGAAUCUUGCUUUGAACAAACUCAAAUUCAAAGUAGAACAAGCACACGAUGAUUCUAUCAAUCACAUAAUGAGCAUGCCUGCUGUAUCUCCAUACCAUUACCUCACUUUGGGCUCAACAACACUCUCUCAUUUGGAUAUACGAAAAGGUAUAAUCACCCAAUCAGAUGAUCAAGAAGAUGAGCUUUUAUCGAUGUCGUAUACGACAAGUGAGCUUUGCGAUAACAAAAACGAUACAGUGUUGGUGAGUCAUGGAGAAGGUUUGAUAACCAUUUGGAAAAACUCCAAGAAUAAGCUAAUGGAUCAGUUAUCAAGAAUAAAAGUUAAUAAAACCGCUUCUAUAGAUGCCAUUGUACCAACGAUGAAUACUGAUAACGAGGAAAUGGCAAAUUCUGUAUGGUGUGGGGAUAGUGAGGGUUUUUUGCACCGUGUUAAUUACCAAAGGGGGAAAGUCGUUGAAACUAGAGUUCAUUCUUCAGGUCAUGGCAAAUUGAGUGGAGUUGAUGAAGUGGGAAUCUUGGAUAUCGAUUAUGAUUAUCGAUUGGUUUCUGCUGGGUUGGAGAGCUUGAAGAUAUGGUCGAAUAGAAAGGGGUCGGAGGAUGACAUUGACAGUGAUGGAGAAGACACCGAGGAAAGUGGUGAAGAAGACACUGGGAAAAGUGAUGAAGAAGACAGUCGGGAAAGUGGUGAAGAAGACACCGAGAAAAGUGAUGAAGAAGACAGUCGGGAAAGUGACAAAGACAAUGAUUCCGGCUCGGAGUCAAACUCAAGUGAAAUCGAUGGAGAGGAUGACAAGGCAAAUCUCCAGGAAAAUUCACCGUCUUUAAUCAAGAAGCACAAUAUCUCCAAAUAUGGACUUGAAGAACCAGUUUCAAAAAGGCCCAAAAUUAAACAAAAAAAACUUUCAGCAAAGCAAUUAAGAAACAUGCAAAAACAUGAACACGGAAUAAGGAAAUUCGAAGGACUCUAG